CUGCACUUCUCAUCAUCUUCUUCAGACAAAAUCUCACGUCCUCAUCUCACUCCGUCUAAAACAGAGGCCGAAAUUUAUCGAGACGGAUUUCCAGCACAUCACAGCCUCUUUCAUCUUCACGUCACAUACGCGGUCAACAUGACGGACCUCCCACCAGAAAUCCAAGCUCACAACCAAGAAAUGCGCGAGUCCUUCUACGCACUGGCCACGCCGCUGAACCUCACCCUCCUCCUCGCGUUCCUGGCCCUGCUCUACUUCCGCCUGCGACCCUCUACACCGCCCUCGCUCCCCAAAGGUCCCGCGCCCAUCGUCUUUCAGACUUACACACCGCGCACCCUGCUCAAGAACAAUGGCAAAGACUCUGCGCCCGUGUACCUGGCCGUGCGCGGCAAAGUCUACGACGUGACUUCCGGGCGCAACUUCUACGGGCCUGGCGGUCCGUACGAGAACUUCGCCGGCCGCGAUGCCACACGCGGCCUCGCAUGCCAAUCCUUCGACGAGGAUAUGUUGACUAAGGACCUCGACGGACCCUUGGAUCCCUGCGAUGAUCUCCCCCCCGAGCAGCUGGAGAAUCUGAAGGGCUGGAUUGAGCGUUUCGACGAGAAGGUACGCAGGGCCCCAGCACAAAAAUACCCAUAUAUGCGCUCUUCCUCCUUCAGAACCACACGCAUACCCUUCAGCUACACAUGCACAGAAUCAAUGCCACAGGUGCCGUUAGCGUGUGAGAUGAAUUUUCCGGACAAUGCUGACAUGCUUUUUGACUUAGUACCUCGUAGUGGGCAAAUUGGUGCCAUUCAAGAAGACGGAUUUCCAUUAAAAGAUCUACCACAAGGAUCCUGCAGAUCGACAACAUAGAGAAAACGCGCAAAAUACAAACUAGGGAUAAUAAUCAACAUACUUUUCUGUUCGUGGUA